AUGAUGAGCGUGAGUUAUCUAAACCUUGUGAAACUGCCGCAACCAAUCAUCAUACUCAUGCUGCUGCACUUGCAGGCUGAGUUGUUCAUGAUAGGGUCAUGUUGGAGAAUGGGAGAUGCCAAUGCUAGUUGCCUACACAAGGAAAGACGAGCUCUUCUCAGCAUGAAGAGUGCCUUUGUGGAUGAUGAUGGCCGUCUAUCUUCAUGGGGCUCUUCUCCAGAUUGUUGCCAUUGGAGUGGUGUUCUUUGUAAUCCUUAUACUGGUCACGUUGAGAUGCUCGAUCUUUAUGGCGGUGUGAUGCCCUCACAGCGCUUAAGAGGUGAGAUUAGCCCAUCAUUGAUGGACUUGCAAAACUUAAACUAUUUGAAUCUCAGUUCCAAUGAUUUCAAUCGGAGUCAAAUCCCAAAAUUUUUUGGUUCUCUCACCAAAUUACAAUAUCUUGAUCUAUUUGAUUCUUCUUUUGGUGAGAAAGUACCAAUUGAACUUUGCAAGCUUUCAAACUUGUUGGUUCUAGAUCUUUCCUCCAAUGGUUUAGUUGGUAACAUACCUUUCCAUCUUGCGAACCUAUCAAGUUUGCAGGAGCUCCAUCUAGAUGGGAAUCAUUUAGAGGGCAAUAUUCCUAGCCAACUUGGUAAUCUUUCGAGCUUGAAGAUACUCCGGAUUGGUUACAAUGAUGGUUUGAGAAUUGAUGGCAAGAGCUUGGAUGCCCUUGAGUGGCUUUCCAAUCUUCGGUCAUUAACUUUACUUGAUUUAAGUUCUGUUUCCAAUCUUAAUUACUCUGAUAACUUGUUGCUAAUUAUUGGAAAGCUUCCAAACCUGAGAGAGCUAUGGCUUGCAAAUUGUAGCCUGACAGACAAUAAUAUUCUAUCAACUGCUCCUUCCCAUUUGAAUUUUUCUGCAUCUCUCUUAGCUCUUUAUCUUGAUGACAACAAGCUGACAUCAUCAUUAUUCCCUUGGCUGUUCAAUCUAAGCUCCAAUCUCGCACAACUUUCUUUGUCCAACAAUCACUUAGGUGGUCCCAUUCCGGAUGAUUUUGGAAGAAACAUGAACUCUUUAGUGACUCUUGACCUUGAAGUCAAUGAGCUAAAUGGAACAAUCAGUGACAUCCAUUUUGAUAAUCUCACCAAGUUAAAAAGCUUAGACUUAUCUAAUAAUUUCUUGAACCUCAAAUUCAGUACCGACUGGAUUCCUCCCUUUCAAUUACAAUUUUUACGAUUACGGCACUGUAAGUUGGGCCCUGGAUUCCCUAAAUGGCUUCACACUCAAAAUAAUUUACAAUAUUUAUUUGUUUCUUAUGCUGAAAUCAGUGAUUCUGUGCCGGAGUGGUUCUGGAGACUUGUAAAAGGAGCAUAUAGGCUUAAAAUAGAAUCGAGCAAUCUCACAGGUGUAAUUCCGGAUCAACCACUUGAAUUUAAUGUUUAUGACAUAUCAUUGGCUUCCAAUCAAAUUAGAGGCUCUGUUCCAUCGUUCCUACUAAAGAGCGGAUUCUUAGACAUUUCAGAAAAUCUGAUUUCAAAAUUUGUUCAUUCAUGUGGUAAGGGAAGGAGUGCAAUUGUUGAAAAUUUGGUAGCUUUAAAUCUCUCAAGCAACAACUUAUCAGGGGAACUUCCUAGUUGUUGGGAUCAUUUCAAAUCAUUAAGGAUUCUGGACUUAUCCAAUAAUCAACUCUCAGGAAGGAUUCCUAGCUCUACGGGGUCCUUAAGUCAACUUAAGCUGUUAGUUCUGCGAAACAAUUGCUUCAGUGGUGGACUGCCUUCCUUCAAAAAUGCAACUAAACUGGGAAUGUUGGAUCUGGAAAAAAAUGACUUGUCAGGACCAAUACCACCUUCGUGGACGAGAGACAAUCUAAAAGAGUUGGAAACUGUUAGCCUACGGAUGAAUAAAUUAGAUGGAAAGCUGCCCUUGCAUCUAUGUUAUUUACCGAAGGCCAGGGUUUUGGAUCUCUCUUUUAACAAGUUUACUGGACUAAUACCACGUUGUCUUGACAAGCUGGCUGCAAUGGCCGAGAAAUAUGUUGUAAAUGAUUCCAAAUAUGACAUAUUCCUCUUUGAGAACGGAACAACCCAAGCAAUUGGGCUUUUUUAUUGGAAGUUGCCUAUGGUAUGGAAAGGAACAGAACAGGUAUACAAUGACCGCUAUGGGCUUAUGAACAUUGAUCUCUCUCACAAUCAAUUGGAGGGGGAAAUGCCAACAGGAAUUGUAAAAUUGGUUGAGUUGAGAUUCUUGAAUCUAUCAUCAAAUAGGUUGAGUGGAAAAAUCAUUUCAGAGAUUGGACAAUUAAAAUCGGUAGAAGCUCUGGAUCUAUCGAGAAAUCAUUUUGAUGGAGAAAUUCCUUCGAGUCUUGCUGAAAUAUCUGCGCUAAGCACUUUGGAUUUAUCAAACAACAACUUGACAGGACAAAUUCCAACAGGAACGCAAUUGCAAUCUUUUGAGCCCUCCAGCUAUGAAGGAAACCCUUACCUUUGUGGGAAGCCGUUGAACAAGCUCUGUCCUUUUGAAUAUCAUCCAUUUGGGAAUGUGAUACUAGCUACCCAAGAUGCUGAUGAAGAUGACGCUUUCAUGAAAGGAUUCUGUGAAAGCUUGGGUGUGGGAUUUGCUGUUGGAUUUUGGAUAGUGUUUGGAUCAUUGUUAGCUAUUCGAUCAUGGAGGCAUGCCUACUUCAAUUUCGUAGGGAAGGUGUCAGACUCUAUCUAUGUGGCAAGAGUGCUUCUUGUGGCAAAUUGGCGCAGGUGGCUCCGUAACUAA